GCGGAAUGAUUUGUUGAAACUGUCCUGUCAUUGAAACGUGUGCUAUAUUUCAUUUUUUUAAUGAUAGUAUUAUGAAUCCAAACGGUAUCGGGGGAGAAAAYAAUGAACAGAAUAUCAACACAAAGUGGUUUACUGAAGGGGAAUAUUUAUGGAGAACAGGCGCCAGUGUGACAUGGCUGAUACUAUGCCUUCCAUGUUUUUUGCUUGUGUUCACAAGCAUUGUCUCAGUUGAUGUAUUUCACCCUUUUUCUUGGAUAUCAGACAUCUUCAACACACUGUUUGCUAUUCAUUUCUGGUUGGUGUUCAUGUUUUAUGGAAUAAUCACUGUAUUUCUUGCUGUKGCAACCAAUAAAUUCAAUUCAGUUCAAUAUGUGGUCCACAAGAACAGGAUAUCUUCCAUUCUUUUCCUUCUUCAUCCUUCGCAUCUUCUUCAUAUGCUUCUUUGCUGUUUAUUUGGAGGGCUGUCUUCAUGGUUCAUGCUAGGAGUGCUAAGUAAACCCUUUGAUUCAUUGACUGUAUUAUCUGAAGAGUCUGAAGAUGAAUGCUUUCUGAAUGAAUAUGGAGUUUUUGUUGUAGUUUUUGGUAGUUGGCUGGGCUUCUACACAAGUUUUCAAUAUUUUUCAAACAAGGAGUUUCAUUUCAUAUUCCCUGCCAUACAGCAAAGAAAAUUUUUCCGYGUCAAAGCAAUUGCAUGGAAGUGCAUUUACAAAGCAGUGCUCAGGACACUUAAGGCUAUUCGUUGGUACUAUCCAUUGUAUUAUUUAUCUGGUAAUUUUCCUAGAAAGAUGCUAGCGACAUUUCUGGCAGCUUCAAUAGAUAGGGAUUCAGUUCUACUGGACACUCUGUCUGGUUUGGUUGAUAUCAAUAUGUUUUGGGUUCUCUUGUGUACUGGAACAUUGUUGUCCUUUAUCUGGGUUUUCAGCAAUGUACUGUUUAUAAUAUACAACACACAGGCCUUUCAGUUUUGUAUUGAGUCGUCUCYUGGUCAAGACAAAGACCAGUGUCUUCCUGCUGUGAUUAAAUCUAAAGACACCCCUUUAUUAAGAUAUCUUGUUUUCUUGGACCUUUUUCAACUUUCUCAAUUCAGCAGUCAAAGAAGAAAACAGAUUUUCUCUCUUUCACAGCCAGGUGGAAGACCUGCUAAUUGGACCAGUAUCUGCAAUGAAUGUCUUUCUAUGUUGGAGGACUUUGUAGUCCAGUUAGAUUCAUAUAUUGAGUACCAGAUGUAUCAGAGACAACAGAAUGGUGGUCAGUGGCCAAAUACCUCUCUCAACAAAAACAUAGAUUCUUUGAUGUCCCCUCCAUAUUCACCAGCUGGUAGUCCUUUGCGCUCACCACUACAAAGACAAAGACUCUGGUCUUCACAUACUGKCAAAAGCAAUGCAGAAAGACAAACUUUUCUCUCUCCUCGUAACAAAGCAACACCAAAUUCAUCCUGCAAUUAUUAUACUCCUACCACUAGUCCUAAGGCAGCUGAGGUCAAUACGUUACCAUGGAGACUAAAACAAGUUCCUCACAAUUUUGCUGUGUUCAUGAAGGGGAGACCGGUCAUUGGAUACCUCUUCAAUGAGUUGCCUGGAUAUCAAGUAGAAACAUUGUUUGUGGAUUGUCAGCUGUACAUAUGGGCUGUGCAAGGUCUCAGUAGACUUGUGGUUGCAUCGUUUAGUGAAGAUACUUUUGGGGUUGUACAAAUGACUCUUCCAAAAAUCCUAUCAACAUUGCUGACAUUGUUACAGACACUUGAUCGUUUUGCUAAGCUACCUACUUCCGGUCGAUCUGCUAUUCAACCCAGGCCUCCUCGUCCACAAGGAAAAGAGGGCAUGCGAUAUAGUCUAAGAGCUGCUUUAGUAUCCUCCAUUUAUCAUAUUGCAAAAACCUUUGGUCAUUAUUUACAUGGUAUUCCGCUGACACCAGAGCAUCGUGCAAGGCUCAAGGGAUUCCUGGAAAAUAAAGAACCUUAGGGUGUUUGUUGAUAGCCAAGAAUACCUAACGAAAUUUUCGCCAGGAUACAGAAGACCARUAAACAGUUUAAAGAUUAGUUUACAGAAAAUAUAGCAACUCUUGACUCUUAGCAAGAAGUCCACAUCGCAUCAAUCCAUCAUUGAUCGAACACAUCAAUAAAUGUUGAGAUAUAAAAUGCAAA